AUGGAGCCUAUUUCAGUUUUACAGGAGGCAUCUCACGCACAAACCACCAUAGCCAAUGGAAAUUCUUCAAGGAAUGUUACAAGCACUGUAGUAGAACCUCCACAAAGUCUUAUGAUUCCAGAGGAACAAUUGAGAGAAACUACAACGGCGGACGAUGAUGAUUACAGUACAGAUAGUUCAGUAGGCGGUCAACCACAACAGCAUCAGCAAGAGCAACAACAACAACAACAACAGGGGGGUGGUGAGGGUAGAGUUUCAGGUCGUAGGAGGAGGCCGCCACGAGCUUUUUCAGGUCGUGAAAAUAUAGAAGGAAUUACAACUGGGCGUAGCACAACGCUUCCGGAAGUCUAUCGCUACUCCACUACAGCUCCACAAAAGACGAUAUGGAAUCACUCUAAUGGGUUAUAUCCGUCAGAAUAUGUUCGGGUAGGUACUGAGAGUAUUACUUCUCUAAGUCUAGAGGACUUGGUGAAGUACAGUUCUAUUGAUCUUCUUUCGAGGGCAUGGCCACUAGUCCCUUCAGCUGCCAAGGUUCUUGCCUAUGCCCCGUUUCCUCAACUUCCUGAUCUUCCAGAGGUUGUAAAUGUCCGUUACCUAGACACUGAUCAGGUGGCACGUUUUAUGCGACUCACUGCAGUUGAAUUUGCGAAACGACAAACGUUUCCUACACCUGUUUUUCUAAGAUCGCUGCUUGUAACUGCAGCUGCAAAUGCAGAAGCAAAAAGGGUUGAACAGGCUUCACUUUCUGUUCACCUCUACUCUGAAGACUCUCUUUGUUCGAACUGGGAAGAUGAGUGUACAGAUUCUGAUGAUCUUGAUUCUGAUGAGAAUUUUAGUCACCAUGGCACUGUUAUUCCUUCUACUGAUGUAAAUCAUGUGGAUUCUCUUGACUGGACGAUGGCUUUUAUCUCUGAAUCCCUAGAGUCACAAAUCCCGAGAAGAGUUAUUAAACUAUUACAUUGUGUGGUAGAUAGAUGUGGCAUCAACUCCUCUAGUGCGACGCUUCACUCUUGGGGAGUACAGCGUCUCACUCGCAUGUUAUUAAUCCAGACGGAACGAGAGACCGCCUCCCCGCGAUAUGCGGAUAGUUCGGAGUGGCUUGCCGCCGCGACGGCGCUGUUAUUCAAAAUGGUACUCGCGUCGCGGCGGCUGGACACACUGCUGUCGGCACUGCGGUGGGUGUACCGCCACCGGCGCCCCGCCGACUCGCUGCGUCUGCAGGGGACCGCCGCGUGGGUCACCGCCUUGGAGACGGCCGUCCGUCCGCGCGUGCGCCUGCCGUUCCCGGCGUCCUGGUCGAAGGCGUACGAUGUGCCGCUCGCCCACUCCCUUGGCGCCGACUUCGCCCAUCGCAUUCUCGGCGUCGCCGUAGCUGCGCACGAGGAGGAGGAGGCGCAAGGCAUCAUCAUCACCAAGAAUGGAAUAUACAAGAUUAUGCUAAAACCACCAUAUACAGUACUGGAGAAAAAUGAAGAUGCACACGUGACAGAUUGCUGUGGUGUUUUUCUUGAAGAUAAUAGGAUCGUUAUUCAGUCAGUUCGUGCAAAGGUAAUCUCUUGUUUUGAUUUGGAAACCCUACAAGUUUGUAAUUCACCCGAUGCAGAUGAAAUAAAAUCAAAAGAAGAUAAAUUUCAGGUAUAUAUUGGAAUGGGGAAAUUUGUUUUACCUCAUUUUUACUACGACAAAUAUUCCCCACGUUAUGCAAGAUUUGAGGCUUCUUUAAUGGUUAAAGGAACAUUAGAGCCUAAAACAAUAUUUAUUCCUCCUAUAACCGAAGCUCUUAGUGUUCAAUUUUUUUUAUGCACACAACCAACCCAACAAAGUACAUCGCUACAACUCGUUCACCUUGAAGUUUUUGGCAAAGUAUGGCUAUCAGUGAAAAUUAGAUUAGAUGCCAGAAAUUCAUCCUUGUUUAUUCGUUUUGAACAUAGUGACGAUGUUAUAGCGGAAGUUCAACAACCCAUUCAAGAUAGUUGGACUCUUUGGAGUGCUAACUUAGUACCAUCAAAUGAUCUUGCUAUAUGGAAAAUCUACAAAGAUGGUGUAUUACUUGAUAGUAGUGGAAAUGAAGGAUUAAUGUUUAAACCUACAGUAGGAGCCGGAGCAGCUCCAACAGCUGCAUCUAUAAGUUUUCUUGAAGGAACGUUUAAUGGAUAUAUUUCUGGGUUACAAAUAUGGAAUAAGUAUCAAUCUGUAAGUGAAUUUGUUGCUGCCGCAACAGGAAAAAAUUCAGACACAGACCAAAGUGGUCUUAUGUGUUCAUUUAAAAUGAAUGAAGGUUCUGGUUGCUGCUUUCAAAGUGAAAACAUGAGUCAUAUUUGGAAAGGUACAACUCCCUUAUGGUGUGCUCCACAAACGACAACUCAAGAAAAAUAUGUUAGGGAAUCAGAGUUGAUUCCAUAUAUACCAUCUGGUGAUUAUUAUGUUCUGACAAAUGAAUAUGAAACUGUUAUGGUAGAAAAUGGAUUUUGCACAUGGAUUAACACAGAAGGACGUAUAUUGGAACAACAGUUUAUGAAUGUUAAACCAAGUGAACUGUACUUUUUAUGUACAUAUACAAAUCGUAUUUAUAGUGUUAUUUCUGAUAAAAGUGGUUUCUUAAAUCUUAGAUGGAUUCAAGCACUAUCUACACCGACAAGGUAUGUACGAAGCCUUACAAGUGUUAAAAAUAGUACUUUGGUGUGUACAAAAGUACUUAACCUUGUAAAAGAUAAACAACAACUCACACCAGUAUUACUAUCACAAUUCAUACUACAUAGAUUAAAUAUCGCUCUUUUGAGUGGUUUAACAAGUUCUACAAAUGCACAAUAUGUUGCACAUAUCUUUUUAUGGAACCGAUCAUCCCCACAAACUCUUUCAAGGCUUGUUGAUAUGUGUAAUGACUUAAUAACGUUAGUGAUAUCCUCUAAGUGUGAGGAUGAUUUUACACUUUUACUUCUUUGUGUUUGUGGAAGAAUGUUAACACGUCAAAUGAGUUGGAUAGGACGAGGAUGUCCGGCCAAAUUGGUUCCUACUGUAGUUAACAUGUAUGAAAGACUUCAUGAAUUUUCUUGCGAAAAUGGUGGAUUUUUAAGUGAAGCUCAAAAUGUGUUCUCUCAGUUGCAUCGUGUCUUUCUUGUUGAGUGCGUAAGUCAUGAUUAUCAAUUACAACGUAUUAUGGAAGCUAAAAAAUUAACAGAUGUGAAAGAUUUACUAGUUCCAGAGUAUUUACCAUCUCUAGUCUCUAGUGUAAUUGAAAAAGAUUUAAAGAAACCAUUUAUGACGUUCCUUAAUCGUUUAAAAGAAGAAUGUCUGUUGGAAUCAGAGUCUGUACUAAACGGUAAGAGUACACCUUUUAAACCUUCAUAUGUAACACUUGCUACUUUAUUGGGUAUUCUUUCACAAAAGAAAAAUCCACAGUGGCACCUAGUUUCUGUGGCUUUAAUGUGUUCGCUCUGUAAAGGAAUCUUGCGAUUGUUUAAUUCUACAUUUCCUAUCACACAACAGAGUGGUAAAGGUCGAACAUUGGAACAACUUGAUAUGUUAAGACAAACAUCUAUAGGGAUUGUGGUGUUUCCCAUUGCCCAUUUUUUAUCUUAUCUUGAGAUUGAUAGUACCGUGGCGGUUGAUAUACUCAGCAUGCUGAACAAGACGCGAGAGUCUCUCGUAUCUUAUGCACCUGCAUUGUCAACACCGCCUGUCACCCAUUGUUUUACAGAGACACACAGAGUCGUUAUCCCGGCAGCCGCAACAUGUCCUCAUACCACAGUACUAGAUUUACGUCACGCUAAAAGCAUUGAACUUGUACAAGAGAGCUUAAAAACAGAUGAAACACCAUCGGUGCAGAUUUCUUUAUUAACAAAUGAGUACAAAAGGUUAGUAGAAACCCUAAGUAACUCAACUCUACAUUUUGACAAUGGUGGGAAACUAGAAAUUGCUUGUAUGCCGACGACAAAAAAUCGAGAAAUUAUUAUAACUGUGAAUGCACAAGUUGAACUUAGAACUGAAUCAACACACUGGAUUCGUGAUACAUGUUUUGCCUUAAGUCAUACAAUUUUACGUAUUACCCAUCAACUUCUUUUAACAGAUCCUCCAAAUACGAUUAUUCUUCCAAGAGAAAGUUUAUUUCGUGGUGGUUUGUCACAAGAAACAUUAAAAGAACAUCACAUUAUUACAGGAGUAGAAGAGUCUCAUCUUGAUCGAACUGAUCAAAAUGAAUUAAUACAAUUGUGUGAAGAAACUGGUACACUUUUUAAUGAUUGGCUAUCUAUGUAUGGUAAAAAACGUAUACCAUAUCAAGAACGAUUGGAACCUAUUUUGAGAAAAUUUUGUGCAGCUCAUGUUUGGCAUUCUCAUCGACCAAAAAAUAUUUCACUACAAAAGUUACUAGAAGACUCAUUAGAAUAUAUGAGAAAAAAAACUUUUCUUAUAUUAGAAGCUCUUCAACAAGGAAAUGAAACUCAAAUGUUACAAAGGGCAGAAUUCUUACUUAAAAUGGUAAAUCCUAGAGCUAGAAUUGAAUUUCUUAUUGCGGAGCAGCAACAAACUGAGGAACCAAUUACACGAGUAACACCAUCAACUAGUACACGAUUGAUGAUGCCAAAUAUUAGGUCGGUUACAGGUGUUACUUCAUAUUCUCUUGAUAAAACAGGAAGUCAGAGUGUAAGUUUUAUGAGACGUCUAGCUACUAGUGUAUCAGAGUUUUCAAAUAUUCAAUAUGGGGGAAUGGGAAGUAUUUUACGUCCACGUAAUUCUUUACUUGGUGCUGGUGCGGUUAGCGAAGGUAUACAAAGUACACCUGAAACUGUUUCUUCUCAAGUAUUGAGUUUUCUUCUUCGUGGUUAUGAUGGUAUAAGUAAUGAUGAACUUAUAGCUGCAUUGGUGAAAAAAGCACAACAAGCCACAAUACAUACUGCAGCAUACAGAUUACAAGAAGAAUUAUGUGUGGCUCACCAAUCAGAUGAAGAUAUGACAUGGUUAUUGGUAAGUUCACAUCUAUUAUACCGAGAACUUGCUUAUUUACAACAUGGAGGAUCAUUGAAUUCUAAUAAUGAGGAAAAUGUUCGUAAUUUAUCAAAUGAUAAUGGUAUUUCACGUUCUGAUUCAAUAGUUCAUCACUAUAUUGAAACCAUGAUAGGAUGUGGAUUUCAUAGAGAAUUAGAGCUACAAAAAGCCUCAUGUAGUUUUCUUCACUCUAUUAUUCAACAAAGUCUUUUGAGUAGAAGUGAAAGUGAUAAAUAUAAUGAAAGUAAAAAUGAUGUGGGAGCACUUUCUUUGUGUGCUAUUCUCUGUCAUCCUUGGGAUAGUGUAGAUAUGUCUAUUAUUCGACCUGCAAAGAUAUUUCGUCUUCUUAAAAAAUAUAUAUUCCUUUCAAUCGAUGAUACUUUGCCUUCUACAUCUGGGAACUCUUUUGAAAGUGAUAUUUGGUAUCGAUUUGUUAGAGAAUGUGGUAUAUUUUCUUUAAUGCAUCGAGGUGUUAUUAUACCUAACACUUUACAACCUGCUGCUGAAAGAAUUAACAUUGUUGAAGGUGAUACUUUGGGUGUUCAUAUUGAAGAUGCAGAUGCUUGCUGUUUAGCACGAAACCAUUGGAGGGCACUUAGAAUGGAAACAACAAUAAAUCAGACAUCUGUGGAUCAUGAUUGUUUUGCUGGUACACUUAGUGGAUAUAUUCCGACUGACAUGAUAGAUGCCCUUUAUUUUGAAGUUACAUUAGAAUUACUUCUUAAUGAACAGGCAAUUGUUUCUAUUGGUUUGGCAAGUUCUCCAAUUUCAACAGCAACUUUAGCAGGUAAAGAGAAUUCUGUAGUAUUUUGUUCAGAUGGAACAGUAAAGUUUGGAAAUGCACCUAUUCGAUUUGGAACACCAUGGUGUGUUGGUGAUGUAAUUGGAUGUGGUGUUAUGGCUCCAUUUAAUGAUGUAUUUUUUACUAGAAAUGGUGAAUUUUUAGGUAUUGCCACCAGAUGCUCUUUUGCUAUAAUGAUACCACUUAUUGCAGUUCAGGCAAUGUCUUCACUUGUUAAGUUAAUUGUUAACUUUGGAGAGAAUACUCCUUUUAAGUUUGAUAUUGCUUCAUUACAUAGUUCAUGCCGAACACGUUUAACUUCACCUGUUAUGUUAAGUGAUAGUGCAUUUAUUACUGCCCAAUAUUUGGUGACACUGUGCUUUAAAAAUCUUCAACUUCAUGAAAAAAGUGAAUCUACUGUUAAUGAAGAUUCCGUUUGUGGACUUUUAGAAGAAGCGGCUGUUUUCCUUCGUGAAAUUGUGCUAGAACUUGUUCGACGUAUUAAACAUAUGAAUAGUGAUACAACUUCUACUUCUUCUGAGGUGAGUCGACGUCUUCGAAAUGGUAAUGAUCUGUUAGCACGUUUAUUCCGUACUGUAGGUGUGGUGAUUGAUUGCUUCCGCUUUAAUGCAGUCACGAGUGUGACACACCUUGAAAUCCUUCGUCUGUGCUCUGUAACGUUGAUUGAUGCCCACGACCGCUGGGCGAAGGUGCGGGCGGCGCGUUGUCUUGGAAACGCCGCACGAGCCCUGCGGUUGGAUUACUUUGGCGAAGCGGUGCAGGGGCUUCGGCGUUUUGUGACGCCGGAGGUUGUCGUGAAUGGCCUUGCGGAACUCGCGCGGGCGAAACUCUUCCGCGAGCGGGAGGCGCCGGUGUUCGUCCCGCGGUGGGCGGGCGGCGGGUCGACGGUGGCGGGAAAAGGGGCUUUUUACGGCGCGGCCCCCCUUCCCGCGACAGGGACGCACCGCGUUGGAUUCCGCAUCCGCCGCCGCCAGCAGGAAGGCCGGGGGGUCGGCGCACCUCUCGGUGGUUGUUACUACAUCGGUCUCACUCACGGACAUCCAGAGGUGACAAAUAUGCAAAACCUUAUUAGCAGAAAUGACGUCUACGUCUUGCAGGAUACAGAUGAUCAAGAUCAGGUGCCACAUCUUCUUUUGCGUAGGCACUGUAUUCCUCGAAGUAGUCAACGGCGGAUCUACGGUAAUGAUGAAACCAUAUGGGUAGAAUUGAAUGCAGAUUUAGGUGAAAUAAGUUAUUAUAGAGAUAAAAUGGUACCCAUUGGACUAGCUUUCGCAAAUCUUCCACGAGUUGAUGACCUUUAUCCCUUUGUGUUUCAUUUCAAUGAAGACGCAAGUUGUGAAUUAAUUCAAGCUCCUACACAGGCUGAUGAUCCUUGUGAAACACUAGUAAGUCACUUUCGUCGUAGUGUAGCCAUUCAUACAUUACAACAACUUCAUGUAGUUCCUUAUUUUGGUAAUGCAGUUUCUCAAUGGAUCUAUCGUUUUUUACCUCGAUCACAACAAUAUAUGGAUAAUUGUCUUAUAGCUUUAGCAAUUUUAGGAGGUGAAAAGAGUCAUGAAUAUUCUCAGCAUGAAACUCAUGGGGCAGUUGUUGUAGAUUCUAUUUCGGAUAUAACUUUAAAAGCUCUUGUGUAUCUUGAAGCUGAUAGUGAUAUGCGUUUGUUUCCUACAAAAUUUUCAGAGAUUAAACCAUCUUUUGUAAGACCACCAUUAUUUUCACUCUGUGAAAGUGAAAGUCUAAAGUGCUCUAGUUGGCUUGUUUCAGAAUUAUGUCGGAGUUUGUUUGAAGCAUCAGUUAUUCUACCAUUGAUAAAUUCUGAAGAAGAACGUCGUCGAGAGAUUGAAGGAGGUUUCUUUAAUGUGACAACUAAUGCUAUUAAUUUGAACUAUGUGAGUCUUUUUAACAGUAUACCGGUAAUAGGAAAUGAGUUAAAAUACUCUAUAUCCAGUACAACCCCUGAUAUGCCUAUGUUACAGUCUACAUCUAUGUCAUUUAAAAUAGUUAAUGGUGAACAAACACCCUCGGGAACUCCUGUGACAAUAGAUAGACGAUUUUCAAGUAUUUCUAUUUUUAGUCCUUCUCCUUCUAUUGGUGUAACACAAGGAAAUGGUUAUUCUGUUCUAUGUGGUAACCUCCUUGUUGAAAGUGUAUUUUCAUUUGCUGUAAGUAUCACGACAACGGCAAGCGCGAAUAAUUUGUUAUAUGUCGGUGUUUCAUCAGAAACCAAUCUUCCUACUGAACCUGAAAAAGUAGCUUCUUGUAAAAAAAUUUGGGCUCUUUGUAAUCAUGAUACCGAUCAGACAAACAGUGUAAAUUGUUCUGUAGGACCUAGAAUGAUUUUUAGUGCAGAACAUAUAUUAUUUGGUUCAGGAGAUAUUGUUAUUGUUAGAGUUAAUCAACACGAAGGUACAGUUUUCUUUUCCCGUAUACGAGGUGGUAAUCGUGUGGAUUUUGGUAUUCUAUUUGAAAGUAUUCCAAAGAGAGAGAAACUACGACCUUUUGUUUUAGCUUGUCCAGAUUCAGUUGUAAUAUUCUCCUUUUUAAAUACCCUUACAUUCCCUGCGAGGAAUACUUUCCCUCGUAGUAGCAUUAGCUUAUGGAAAGGAUCUUCAGAACCUUUGCUUUGCAGUUCUUGUGGAGUGGAACUUUCAGUUUUCUGGUAUGAGGGUGAAGGAGGACUUCUCUUAUGUGUUGAGUGCUUUAAUAGUUGGCAGCACCCUAAAGUUAUGUUUCACUUAGCUCGAGCAGAAGAUCCUCUUCCUGACUAUCUUGUCUCACAAUACAGCCCUAAGGAACUUUUGGUUGGUACGGUAGUUGAGUUUGUAGAGAGUUCAGUCUUUGCUUGGUCAAGUGAAAAAAGUGUAAAUGUAGAUAUUGAAGGAUGUUUUUGUAUAGCAAAGGAAAACACUGGUUUUGCAACACUAGAACCUCUCUCUGUUUAUGGUGAUCAACAGAUUGAUAUUUGUUUGAGUCAUAUUGCUGGUGUUGAUGGUUUUCCUUUCUCAGGAUUACAAUCAUUUAUUCCACUAUGGCGGGUUGGGGGUGUUUCAAAGUCAAGCUGUACUUUGAACGUUGAUACACUUUUGGUAAGCUCUACUGUAAUUCCACAUGGAACAAAAGUUAUGGUUGAGCUACAAAUUAUCAGAACUGAUGAGGGAGAAUCAGCAAAGGGAUGUGGUCUAUUUGUUGGAGUAACCAAUUUAUCUGGUGGUAAACAAGUGAUUAAUACAUCUGAGCUUGAGCGUCGAAUAGCGAAUAACAAAAUUUGGGGAACUUGGUGCGAUGGACGUGUUGGAAUGUCCUCCUCCUUUACUGUCUAUCUUUUUGUAGACCUAACACGUGGGCGUGUGAUGAUGAGUUCGACACUUAUGGGCCUUCAUGCCCAUCCUGUGAUGAUCACCUGUGGCUGUCCCUUUGGCGAGGAUGUUCGACUACGCGUGGCGGUCUUUGCCCGUGAGACGUGCCGCAUCAGCAGUGGGGGCGGUUUCGUCUCACGCGAUGAUUUGGCGCCCGCCCCCGCGCCCGUCGCCAUCGCGUUGAUGCCGGACGCCGCCGUUGGUCCUCCGCACGACUUGGCGGCCGCUCCCGUCUUUCUUUUCGAUACCGCCGCCCAAACACGUGCGCACUCCGCAGCCGCUUGGCGUUUAGCACCUCGUGUGGAGUGGGAAGAUAAUGGGGUCCUGUUUGCUAUUGGUGACACCCUCACCAUCGCACGUGAAGAAAAUCUUCUCGUCGUUUAUCGCAAUGGGUUGCACAUAGCGACACAUACUCUUCCAGUGGAAUCGGUUCUCACCCCUCAACGACUUGUGGUCUAUCUUUCUACUCGAGGAAUGAUUGCUACUGUGGUGGCCCCACUCUACGGAAAAUCCCAUCUUGGAAAAGUUAUACAAACAACUGGAACAGGUGUGGGCAUAGUAGAAUGUAUGUGUCAGUGUCAAGGAAAAAGAAGAUAUGCAGUUCGAAAAAAAGAUGUUCGUUAUUGUGCUCUUGCAGCAAACUCUACAGAAAUUGAAACAGGUGCACGAGUCAUUUUUAAAGCAGGGAGCCCUCAUGAACCCAAACGUGGUAUCGUAACCUCAAUUGAAAAUAAUACUAUUAAUGUUCGUGAUGAGGAAGAGAAACGAAUGUGGUUUUCUGUUCAUUUGGGUUCACUUUACUUGCUUGAUAAUGAAGAUACAAAUGAAGUUGUUCAAUUACAAUAUCCUUUUAUGACCCCUCCUUCAAGUGCUGUUACACGUAUAUUUGAGGUUGGUAAAACAAAAUAUCGUGUUCAGUGCAACGGAUCUUACAAUGGAAUCAUGUUUGAUCUUCAAGCACAUGAGGCGGUUAUAUUAACAGGUCUAUCAGUUAUGACGCAUACAACAGGACGACAUCGUGUAGACGUCUUUUUUAAGAAAGGAACCCAUAAUAUGCAUGAACGUGAAUCUACAGCUUGGACUAAAAUAUUCUCAAAUCUUGUAGAGAUGCACUCGGGACGACAAUUUUCUAUUACUUUUCCUGAAAUUCAUGUAGAUCCCAAUACUACAUUUGCUCUAUAUAUAAAUGCUACACAUAAUUGUGGAGUUGGACAUUAUUCUAAAGAAGAUGGUUGUACAGGAGCAAUUUCAAGUAAAAUGGAUUAUGAUGGUACUCUUACUGUUUAUGUAGGACGUACAAGUGAAAGUAGUACACCAUUUUUGGAAACAAAUAAUAUUCCACGAGGUUUUUGUGGUUCUAUAAUGUAUAUGCAAACAAAAGAUACAAGACCUUCACUUAUGGACAAAACAUCUUUGAACUUUAGUAGAACUCAAGGAAGUAAUGAAACGCAUAAAGAUGUUAUUAUUCUCAAGGGACAACCGAGCGCCAUGUCAUUGUCACCAUCUGCAAAUUUUGUAGUAGAAGUUUUUGAGGGUUCAAUAGUAAUUGAAAAACUUAUUCUUCCCAUUUUUUUUGACGUUAAUGUAAGACAUUCGAUGGGUAUGACACAGUUACGUGUUUCACUCUUUUACACUAGUAAUGAUGAUUCUGUAUGGGAAACGCAUACAGAACAUCAGUGGAUAUGGGCAUACUAUACUGUAUUACCUUUUAUGGGUGAUGCACAUGAAUUGUGUUUGGAUGGUCUGAAUAUUGGCUUAAAGAGAGGAUCAUACAUUUUCAAUGCCUUUUGUGUAAUGGGUGUGGGUCAAACCCUAGAAGAAGAAGAAAAAGAAAAAAAAGAAGAAAAGUUUGCAUCCUUGACAUGUUUUCUAAAGUCCACAGAAGAUGGUUAUAAAGUGCAAAAUAAGUUUUUUUCUGUUCGUGAUUUUACUGGAAUUAUUUAUGCUGCUGCGGCAAAUGAUAUCAUUAUGUCAGAAAAGCAGUCUGCUAUAUCUACUGGUAGCCAUCUUAACCAAAAUAAUUCAGCAUCCUAUAAUGGUAUAAUGUUUGAUCUUCGCAGCAAACGAGAUAUUUUAUUAGAAGAAGUUUUUUGUGUUGCACAAACUACAACAGAUAAUGUAAAUGUGAAAAUAUACUGGAAAGAAGGUACUAUGGAAGGUGCUGAAAAGACACCUUCACAAUGGCAGCAGGUUAUUGCUAAAGAUCUUUAUCUUGUGGAUAAGCAAUCUUUUUCUCCAGGUUUACUUAAUUUACACCUUCGAGCAAAUCAGGUGUACGCAAUUUAUAUCAAUACAUCAUCUAGUUGUGGGGUUCGUUUUUACAAUAGUAGUGAUGGACAUGUAGGGGAUGUUGGUGACGAAUUUGAGGAUGAUGGUGUGUUAACUAUUUUUGUAGGUAAGAAAAGUGAAUCACCAAUACCGUUUGCAGAAGUUCCAGCAGAACCUAGAGCGUUACGUGGACGCAUCACAUACCGUCCUUUUUUGUUAAAACCUUCACAAUCUCGUAAUCAGGCUGUUUUUUCAGUUUUGAAAGGUUUUGUCGUUACUCGUAUUUUAGCAGCACUAAUUGCAUACGUUAGUGGAACUUCUACUGGUACAACACUAUUUGAAGAAAAGAGUGUUAUUGAAGCUCUUGCUAUAUUUGCUACAUCAAAAACAAAUACUUUAUGUGAUGCAGAAACUGCAGGAAAUCUUCUGAGUAGCUCUAUGCGAGGUAUCCCUAUUGAAGAUUUACGAGACAGUAUCGUCACACUACCACUUGCUGGGAAUGAACAAAUAAACUUUAAUGCCUAUAGUCAAGGAGACCUUGCACUAGUUGCCAAUGUUAAUGAGAUGGAAUUAUCACGGAAGUUGGUUCGUUUAAUUAGUAAUCCUGAUGAGAAAUGUUCUGUCUUGUUAAAAGAAGAGGGAAAUCCAAACAAUAGUUAUACAUUGUCAUUGGAUAGUUUACUUCCUAUAAUAGAGUGUCCAGAUUGUCAUCUACCUUUUGCCUCUCAAAGCAUUUGUGAAAAAACUGGUAAAAUUCAUUUACCUACCUCAAGUGAAGAAGAUCGUCUUAUUAUUAUUUUAUCAAGGUAUUUUUCAAAUCGCUGGAAUAUAAAUAAAGAGAGAAGUAUGGCUUGUGCAAAGUUAAUUCUAAAUAAUGCAGCGUCACACAAUAUUUCUUUUGAUGUUUUACACAAAGUAAAUAAUACAGAAAAUUGUAUUACUUCAGUACAAAAUCAUCAUACAACCGAGUAUACUAUAUCUCCUGAAUAUUUUUUUGAAGGUGGAUCUAGUAAUACAACUUUUGGUUUUAUUUGCCCUUUUGUAUAUCAUGAAACUAUGGGUGCAUUUAACUCUAUUUCUUUUACUUCCUCUACUGGGGCUUGGAAAGUCAUGUUUCUUUCUGACCUUCCUUUUCGUAUCGCUGAUAAUAGUCCUCUUAAAGUGUUUAUUAUAUCAUUUGGGGUUAUUCUUCAAGAUGGGACUCGUGAAAACUUACUAUCCUACCCAGUAUUAUUUUACGGUAUAAAAGGUGGACCAAUUCAUCUUGAAUUACCAUCAUUCGCAACUUCAUUACAUUUUUCAUGUUUUCCUUAUAAUGGUUAUGUCCACCUUUAUUUAGAUGUACAAGAGAAGUUAUUACCUUCUCCUACACCUAUGAUAUCUUCUCCUGUGCAAGUUUGGAUGUGGGAAAAUGGUAGCGAUAUUAUGGAAUUGCAUCCUAAUGAGGUAUGUAAAUUAAUGGGCAAAUUUGAUUUUGUAAACUGGACCAAAGGGAAACCACGAUUUUGUCAACUUAGUUUGACAUCUAAAAGUAAAAAUAAUGUGUUUUUUUUGGAGUUACAAAUAAUUAUUCCCAAACCGAUGAAUAUAAAAUUAUGGGAAGGAAGUCGUAAUCAAGUGAUUCAUCGUGGGUUUAAUAUAUCUCGUGAUGAAGAAGUUACCAUUGCUUUUACUGUAGACGGAGAUUUUAUUAUUUAUGAUAAAGAUGAUAAUAUUCGCUCUCAUAUAGUUUUUGAUAGUACCCUACUGUCAAUGGUAAAUGGAUCUCUAGCAACUGUAGCAAUAAUGAAUGCCGGAUCACAUUCAUUAUUGCUUCGUCUUUCUCAUCCAAGUUCUACAAAGAGAAAUGAUUUAGUGAGUCGAUAUACUAAUUGUACUACUGAACCUAACUCCUACACACCAUCAUGGGUUUUGUAUGAUUCAGAUAAAGUAAGUAUUUCAGAAAAUGGACUUACUGCAAGUUGUAAUGGUGAAUCAGGUCAGGCAGUUAUUGGUUCACCUCUUCCCAUAAAUGGAUUAUCUUCCUUUAUUCUGCAGAUUGAUCGAAGUGAUCGAGAAUCUGGUGAUUCUUUAGGUUCUGGUCAUUUUGCAGGUAUUGCUCUUUCAACUUUUUCUCAACUUGCACCACAUUUUGAAAUGUUGCGUAGACAAGUUGAUAGUGUAUGGGCUGUACAAGAUGUCUAUGAUAAUGAUUCCUUACCUACACAAGAACCUCUUUCACCUUUAAAUAAUUCAUCUGGAUCUUUAUUUGUUGCUGGAACCAAAUUAUGUUUUAUUCUUAAUCGUGAAGAUGGUACACUUUCAUUAGCAAGGGAUAAUGAACCCCCAAGAGUCGUAUUUCGUAACAUACCUCCAAACAUGCCUUUAUCACCUUUUGUACGGUUAGAUCACGCCAAUGCAUCAGCUACUUUAUCACCUUUUUCUUGUAGUACAUUAAGUGGUGAAGGAGAACUAACAUCUCCUUCUACAAUGCUCAGUUCACUCCCCAUAACUCCUUCAAUUCUUCGUCGAUUUCCAUUCCGUGUAGUGGUGUCAAUAUUUCACAUUUUUCGUCGUGUGAUAAAUUCUCUUCCAUCGCAUCAAGUGGCUCUUAUUGAGAAGUCUUGGAAUGAUUGUUUUAAUUCUACUAGGAUGGCUUAUCGUCUAUCUAAUGCAGUUCAAUCACUUGUAGAAAUAGGUGCAUUUUCAAGACGUAUGGUUUAUGCAAAAGAAGAUGAAAUUGAAAAGUUUUUUUAUAAGAGUUCAGUACAAAAAAUAGUUCAAAGUCUUUCAGAAUAUCCAGAAAAACCUGUUUUAGUAAUUUCAGAUUUAAAUGAAAAAGAUGAAAUUGUUAUGAUUUUACCAGAUGAUUAUGAAAUAAUAGGAAGAGUAAAAGAUAGUUCUAUGAUUCGAUUAUUAUAUUUUAAUGAAAAUGGACCAAAUGAGUAUACUCUUCAUUUAUUUAACCUUGAAGAAUCCAAUAUAUUUAUUAAUAAAUGUAAUAUAGUUGCUAAACAUCCAUGUGUAAUGUAUCAAGAAGAUAUUAUACGGACAUUAAAUGAAACAUCAUCUUACUGUGGUGUUAUAACUCAUGGAUGGUAUGACUGUACGUUAAAAUCGGUUUAUUUAUCAAAAUUUAGUGAAUGGCAACAACAAGUUAUUGCAAUGUCUUUAAUUGGUGCUUUAGAACAUUGGCAUUUACAUUAUUUCUCUCAUGGACAUAUAAAACCUGAAAAUGUGUAUCUACGAAUGGAUGGAAGUGAUAUUCUUUCCUGUACCUUGUGGAAUAUCUACUAUUUAAAACGUGAUGAUUGUUAUGCUUCUAACGAAUUAAAAAGUAAAGGAAUACGUGAUAUGAAAAGUGAUAGAUGGAGUUGUGCUCGCAUUAUUAAAGAUUUUUCUUCUUUGUUAUCUGCAAAUAUUAAAUUUGUUAAUUUGGUGGAUCUUAUGAUGAAUACAGAUAUGAGUAUUUCUGAAAUUAUUCUUCAAACUGGGGCAUUUUCAGAAGUAUCGCAACAAACUCUUGAUGGACCACAGCAAUGUCUUCGAACUGGAGCUCAUCUUCACUCUGGAACAGGUUCAUACAAUGGAAUUAUGUUUGAUUUGGUUGCAAAACAAGUUAGGGUAAAGAUUACUAAAGUUACUUUUGUUCCUGAUACAACUGCUACAUCUAGAGUAACUCUUUUUGUUCAUGAUGGAACGUUUAUAGGUGUAGAAAAUGAAAAAUCUGCUUGGCAAAUUGUACUACAAAGAGAAAUGCAACUUUCUCAUAAGGUAGAAGUGGAAUUAUCUGAUUUUGAACCUAUUAUUAUUCCAGCAGGUGACCGGGUAGCUCUUUAUCUUCAUACUACAAGUGGUAGUGGUGUUCUUUUUUAUUCAGAAUCUGAUGGUGUAAAAGCAGACAUGGCAGAAGUGGAGGAAGAAAACGAUUUUUUAGGUAUUACUGUUGGUAAAAAAUCUGAAAAUGUGCUUCCCUUUGUUGGUAUUCAGAAUCAAAAACGUCUUAUUAAAGGAAGUAUUACGUAUGUUUUGCCUUCUGAGAGAAGUGAAUAUAGAAGCCAAAUAACCAAGGGAGACUCUGAUGAAGUAGUAAAUUAUGUAAAGAAAAAUAUUGGUGAACCUGUUAUUGUGGAAAACUCUAGACCAGGUUUGGUUCUUGAUUUUCACGAAAAUGAUUAUCUUAUUUUCCUUGAUGGUGGAAGGUGUGAAUGGAUACCUAGUGAUCAUGUAAAGGAAACAAACAUGGAUGAAUCACCUGUUUGGUGUAAUCUUGAGGAUAGUCUUCAAAACAUAUUAUGGAAUAGACAAAAAAAACUAUUGAUAAAUUCUAAUCAAUAUCCAUAUAACCGAGAACUUAUCUUUCAGAAAAUAGGAACUAAUGGAGUUAAGUUUUUAGGUACAUCUUCUUUACCAGAACAAACUUGGUGGAUAUCUGAUCUUAUUACAACAUCUUGUGUGGUGUCCGUAUGGCAGACUAAUGCCCAUAUAAAUACAUCUUUAUAUUUGGUAAUAUCUUUAGAUGAAUUUUCUAUAAACCAUCUAGACAUGACAGAAAUCCUUAAUCAUGGGCAUGCUUUUCUCUCCAUAGAUGAAUGGGAACGAAGUGUAAUAUUAUCAUCAGAAGAUAACGGAAGUUUGAUUAAGAAAUUACCAGAUGACCUUUCUAAAGUUAAACUUCGUUUGGCUUUUGGUCCUGUAGAUGAUGAUAUGGAAGAUAUUCCUAUAAAUGCUUUUAUUACCUGUCGUAGUGAUGUGCUAGAUAUUCGAACAGUAACUGAUUCAACAGCUCUUGUCUUUAUUCAAAGAAAUGCUUCUUUACAAGGAACUUUUGUUUUGAAUGGUGUGACAAUAAAGUGUUCAAUGCAAGCAGGAAAGAUACCAACGUUUUCUUCCACACCAUCAGUAGCAUGGCAUUCUACUAUUUCUAUUAAUCUAGUAUCUCUUGAUACCAAUAGGCCAAAGAUGUUUGAGAGGAUGUUAACUACAACAUCAGAAACAUUGAGUGAAGAGGAAUCAGUAGUAGUAAAAUCAAAAGAAAUUUCUCCUUAUUUGGUGGAAAUAAAAUCUGGACAAACUUGGAUUGAAGAAGAAGUUAUUUUAUUUUCACUAUCUCACUCUCUAGAAGUGAGUAAAGGGUUUGUGCAACAAAUUUCUCAUGGCAAACGUUUAUUUUGUAAUGUUCAGAGACCAAUUUUUGAAGGUUCAAAAGCUCAUGAAGUAGAGAUUUUAAUUGUGGCAUCGAAAUUUAAUCCAAUACAGUUAGCAUUUAUACAUCCUUCUAAGAAUUGGUGUAGUGAAAUCCCUUUACCUGUGUUUUGUAGUAAUGAGAAUAUUUUUAUGUCUCCUUCAGCCUCUGUACAAAAUAUUCGAGUUUCUCUUCGUAUCUUCCCUUGGGCUAAACGGGCAUUUGCGUCAGUUGAUGGAGGUGUAAUGUAUGAGGUACUUCCCGCAUUAGAUUGUCCUUCAGAAUUUCAGUUAAGGUUUUCUUUCUCAGGCCCAGGAUCUUAUAUUCGAAUUUUGAGCUGGCGAGUGUGUGAACAUAUUGAACUAAGUCUUUCAAGGGACGCAUUGUUAACCAUAUGGAGUCAGUUUAACAUUAAUGAUAUUUCACCAAAUGUUUCACAUUCUGUAGGUAUUCUAACUCGUCAUUCACGAUCAGCUAUGGUUGCACACUCUUCACGUAAUGCUGAUUUUGGUAUUGUAUCACAGAUUGAAUCAGUGAUGGUAUCAUAUGCUAGACAACUUUUGGGAACUGUCAUUCUAGCUGCAAAACUUUCAAAAACCCAAAAAAUACUACGAUCUUUACUUCCUUUUACACCAUUAUGUAAUGAUUUAUUGGGUUUAGAAAAUUUAGUUUAUACAGAAAUAAGGAGAAACUCUUUUGUAUUACUUGCAGAAGCAUAUGCUUGUCUUGCAACCCCUAAAAUAGUUCAAACUGUUGAAAAGGUGGAGGCAAGUAUUAAUAUCAUCUUUGUAUCAUUAAAGAAUGAUAAUAUAUUACAGAUCCUAUCUUCUUCAUAUGGGACAACCCUAAUUUUAUUACUAUUUCAUACUGCUACAAUAUAUUCUCGUUCUAUUAGGCAUAUGGCUCUUCGUUGUGCCCUUAUAUUAAUUAAAAAUCCACAUUGUGCUCUACCCUCACAUGAGACUUUAACUGCUUCUUUUGCUCCUCUAUUGCGUAUGAUGAAUGGACUUUGUCGAAGAGGCAAAAUGUCUUCUACUGUUAUUCAACUUGGAGUUUCCCUUAUUUGUGAAAUGAUAUCACGAUAUCAAUUAGAGCGCCCAACACUAGUGGCACCUGGUAGGGUUUCUGCAGUACCAUAUGCGAUUGUUACUUGCACUAAAGUUGCAGUUUCAGUUAUUACAGCUAAUCCACCGCUUCCUUUACCUGAAGCUCUUGCAGAAGAACCUCAAGGGGGUCAUUGUAUUAAGUAUGAAAUACGCACAAGUACUCCUUCUCCCCAAGGAUUUAAAUCAUCUUAUGGUGUAUUUUCAGAAACUUUUAGGAGCACUUUUGGUACUAAAAAAUUUGAAGUGGUACUAAAUAAUACAAGAAGUGGUAAUGUUGUUGUUGGAUGGGAUAUGGAUGCAACUUUACCAGGGUCUAUUUCGGAACAACCAUUAAUAGAGGGAUCUGCAAGAACGUUAUUACCAUCAUGUGGUUAUUUUAUUGAUACCAGUGGUAAGGUAUUUAUAUGUUUAAGUCACAAGAAGGAAUCUCAACCUUUAAAAGUAAGAGCAAGAGGAGGAGAUGUUAUUGUUGUAAAAUGUUUAUAUCAUGAACAAGCUAUUAUUAUUAAUCUUCGUCGUGGUGUACGCAAUGAAACAACAACUCGUUUUGAAACAUAUCCAAAUGAAAUGCUUGCACUUCCAGUCUUUUUUACUGAAAAGAUGGAAGAUGCAACUUUUAAUGGAGACACACUUUCAGAUGUUUCUCCAGGAAUAGAUGUUGCUCAGCUCUACAAUAAACUUCAGGAGUUUCCAAAUCGUGUUGACACUGAUGUCGUUCCUCAAUCUUAUGAAUUUUAUGCUGAAUUGGCACUUUUUUGUCAAACUGUUAUAAACUCAAAAGAUUCUCUUGCUUCUUUAGAAACUGAGGUCCCAGAAAGCGUUCAUUCACAUGAUUUGGCGAGUUUUCCCCUCUUGUCAGCUUUCUUGGGUGUUAGUGCAUUUAGUAAUGAAGUUCCUUUGUUUCCAUUGUUACCAUACCUUAAACGUUUAAGAAUAUUUGAUGUUCUUACCUCAGUAUUCUCUGUUGUGGUGGAUCUAAGACGAAAAACAGAGUUGUUUGAUUUGUGGAAAAAGCUUAAAAAUCUUUGUUCUCUUAAAUCUUCUGAAAAGAUUCAAAAUGAGACUAUGAAACCUUUUCGAUUUCGUUCAGGAAGUAAAGCUAAUGUUAUUAUUCAUACAAUGCAAGCUCGUCCAUCUGUACGACUUGGACCCUACCCAACUCUUAUGCGAUCGGUAUUUGGUCAACUUUUUGUUCAACUUCAACGAAGUCCUAUUUCUAUAUUUUAUGCUUCACCUAUGUUUACGGUAAAACUUGCAGGAUUUGGUUCUACUGAUGCUGGAGGUCCAUAUCGUGAUGUCCUUUCACAGUUAGCUACUGAGAUUAUGACGACGCAUCCAAAUGGUACUUUUCAACUAAAUCCUCUUUUUGCACCUUGUGGUCGCGGUGGUCAAUCCGCUGUGAUGCCUAACGUGGUUGUUGCAUUAAGUUCUCAAUCAUCUCUUAUGUUUGAAUUUUUUGGAAGAUUACUUGCUGCAUGUUUUGUGACAAAAGAUUUACUUGCGGUGGAGUUUCCACCGUUGUUCUGGAAACUUCUUUUAUCUGAGGAUGUAUCGUCACGAGAUCUUACUUCCAUUGAUUUUGACAUUCUUCGACAAUUAACACCUGAAGAGUUAAUGGAUCGUACAGCAGAAGAAUUAGAAGAAAGGUUUCCAGGAAUUCAAGAAUCUUGGAUGACAUUUUGCGCUGAAAAUCCUAACGCUUCUUUGGAUUCUGAACUUCCACCAAGCAACACGCAUUGCGCUAAUAUACUAUCUGAACAAAUUGCUCUUCUAGAGCUGCAUAAAUACGAUAUUGCGAUGAAUUACAUUAAACAUGGGUUUGAUGAAGUUAUUCCACUGUAUACACUAAAUGCGUUUCGUUGGCAGCAGGUUGAACUGAUGGUAUGUGGAACUCCCAAACUCUCCUAUGAUGCUUUACGCAAGGUUUGCCAAAUAAGCUUGCCUCCAAAUGAUACACAGAUGUUUUUAGGGGUUAUUGAAUCUAUGACUGAAGAAGAUCGAAUGUUACUCUUACGCUUCACAACUGGUCAAACGAGAUUACCAAUAAAGGAGCCAAUAAAGGUUCAGCGAAGUGGGGUUCAGGAUUCUCUUCCGACCAGUAGUACCUGCUUUUUUACACUUCGUUUGCCUUUUUACUCUUCUCCAGAGUCUAUGAAAGAGAGAAUUCUUUACGCUAUCCGUCAAUGUAAAGCUAUCGACACUGACGGUCAGGCACGGGAGCAUAUAAUUCUAGAUACUUGA